CACAAAUACUCGUACGUGCUCUAACUGCUAAGAACUCUUGCGAAGUCACGGUGUCGCAAGAAACUUUGGUUUGCCGUGAGCCUUCCUCGGAGCUCUCUGCAAAGUGUUACCACUCAGUUAUUGAGGGCGAUGUCAUCUUCCAGCGACAAAGGAUGGUCGGUCGGCGACUUGGAGGUUAUUGGAGCGGGAUGGGCGCGCACUGGAACGACCAGCCUGUGGGUUGCGCUCAACAAGCUCGGAUACAAGACUCAUCACAUGCGUGAGGUGUUUCAGCACCAGAAGACUCAGCCGGCGGCAUGGGAGCAGGCGGCAGCCGACAAGGCCGCGGGCCGGCCCAUCAACUGGGCCGCCGUGCUGGGGGGCUACACGGCCUGCGUGGACUGGCCCUCAGCCAUCGUCUACAAGGAACUGUUAGCCGCGAACCCCAAGGCCAAGGUGAUUCUGUCCGUGCGCGACAGCUUCGACGCCUGGUACAGCAGCUGCCUGGACACCAUCUACCCGGUCGUGGAGCUCGGCCUGAGCAUCCGGCCGCCGGCGAUGCUGAAGCCCAUGUUCCGCGGCCUCUGCAAGUUCUUCACCAUGCAGCUGGAUCUAGUGUACGACCCCAUCUUUGGCGGCUACGAGCGCUUCAAGGACAAGGAGCACGUGCGCAAGAUCUAUGAGGCUCACCUUGCGGAGGUGAAGCGGGUGGUGCCGCCGGGCCAGCUGCUGAUCUUCAACCCCAAGGACGGCUGGGGCCCGCUGUGCGCCUUCCUGGGCAAGGAGCCGCCCGCGGAUGGCGCGCCUUACCCUUACGUGAACGAGACGCCUGAGUUUAAGGAGCGAAUGAAGGGCUUGGAGAAGCUGGCGGGGGCCAUGGAAAAGGCGACGUGGGUGCAGUGGGGCCUGGUGGCGGCGGCGGGCGUAGCGGUCGCUGUGGUGAUGCGGGCGCGGGCGGGUGCGGGCGCCAAGUGAAGAGGCAGGGCAUGCUGUCAGGUUUCUUCAUGACGAGUAGUAAUGCCCUUGCGCUUGGAUGUCGUGCACAAACUGUAUGCUUGCUUGAUUCCUGAUGUGAGACCGUCUCUGUGGCCGUGCUGUCCUGGAUACAUGCAGGCCUCAAUAAUUGUGCGUGCGCCUCGUUGCCAACUGAAUAUUUCUGUCACAAAUUGAUCCUUCUUUUGACAUCGAUGUUUGGGUGUGAGACCGGACUGUGUGACGUUCGGGGCCAGCGUGUGAGCACAGCCUUUGGUCGCUAACAGCACCAGUGUUGUUGCUGCAUGAAUGCUACGGUAUGUUGAUGUGCCGCCACUGGGCACCCAGCCUCAGAGCUCAGACGGUGGAGUGUGGUGUGGGCUAGGCCCUGUUCCCUGGUUCAAUUGCUGAUGCGAUUGCACGAAUACCGUAUGGUGCAUGCGCCUGACCAUCCGGGGGGGGGGGGCAGCGUGGGGGGGGGGGCAGCUGCUUCAUGGCAUCUGACCCUUGGAUUGCGAUUUCUCAUGGCAAAGCGCCGGCUGGACUCCAAUUGUUCGAGGCAGGAAGGCUGGCAGCAUCCGCGACUUGUGCCUGGGAGAGUUCGAUGCAAAGAGAUCUGAAAGCGCAAGCACGUCUAUGAACAGUAGUGUUUGAGAGCCCCUACACGCGAAGAUCGCCGUUAACUCCAAUACUUAUCUGGGCUGUGAUCACGCCGUGAUACCGUGUGCAUUGCGGUACUGAGGAGGCGUCAGAGGCAACAUAGGGUGUGGGCACGGUACGGCAUUGCAAGUAACCGGCUGUUGCAAGGCUUACGUGCGCCUGCGUGUACCGUACCUUACCAUUUUGUUCAGUGGAUUGGGAAGCUGUCCCAGUACGCACUGUUGGACUUCGCGUCCGCUUGGAGUGUACUACCCGACCGAC